CAUUCUCCCAACUCCCAAGCCUGCUUUGGUUUCUCAAGCUGAGGGAGCCGCUCGAAGCUUCUGCCUCACCACUGGGCGAGCGGGUGUUCCCGCGCGGGCUUCGGGCCUCGCCGGAGACCGCCCCUGCCUCCCCGACCCCGAGAUUGAGUAGCAGAGAUGCAAAGGGACACUAGCUCUAGCGAUGCUUCUAAUUCUCAAGUAGGACGUGCUAGGCGUCGGAGACAUCCUACUGAGGUUACUGCGGAUGGGAAUAGAUCUAACGGACAGCCGUUGCUUGUCAAUGAUCAGAACAAGUAUAAAUCCAUGCUUAUUCGUACAUAUUCUACGGUAUGGAUGAUUGGAGGCUUUGCCUUGAUUGUUUAUAUGGGUCAUCUUUAUAUCUGGGCCAUGGUGGUUGUGAUUCAAAUAUACAUGGCAAGAGAGCUUUUUAACCUACUCAGAAAAUCCAGUGAAGAGAAACAACUGCCAGGGUUUAGGCUGCUGAAUUGGCACUUCUUUUUCACGGCGAUGCUGUUCACAUAUGGCCGCUUUCUUAGUCGGCAGCUUGUUAAUACAGUAACUUCAGAUCACUUGCUGUAUAAGGUCGUCAGUGGCCUAAUAAAGUAUCAGAUGUUCAUUUGCUAUUUUCUUUAUAUUGCAGGGUUUGUAUGGUUUAUUUUGACUCUGAAGAAAAAGGCAUAUAAGUAUCAGUUCAAACAGUACGCCUGGACGCACAUGAUACUUUUAACGGUUUUUGCACAGUCCUCUUUCACUGUGGCAAAUAUAUUUGAAGGGAUUUUCUGGUUCCUCUUGCCUGCUUCACUCAUUGUGAUCAAUGAUAUCGCUGCUUAUUUGUUUGGGUUCUUUCUUGGGAGAACACCAUUAAUCAAGUUAUCCCCAAAGAAAACUUGGGAAGGUUUUAUUGGUGCAUCAGUGACAACUAUGAUAUCUGCUUUUCUGUUAGCAAACGUAAUGGGCCGUUUCCAAUGGUUGACAUGUCCAAGAAAGGAUCUAUCGACAGGGUGGCUUCAUUGUGAUCCUGGUCCCAUGUUUAAGCCAGAACAUUACUCUUUAGGAGAAUUAGUGCCACAGUGGUUCCCAUGGAAAGAAGUUAUCAUUUUGCCUGUGCAGUGGCAUGCUUUAGCCUUAGGCUUGUUUGCAUCUAUAAUAGCACCAUUUGGAGGGUUUUUUGCAAGUGGCUUCAAGAGAGCUUUUAAAAUAAAGGAUUUUGGUGAUAGCAUACCUGGGCAUGGUGGAAUUACUGACAGAAUGGAUUGUCAAAUGGUUAUGGCAGUUUUUGCAUACAUAUAUCACCAAUCAUUCAUUGCGCCCCAGAACUUCUCUGUUGAGAUAAUCUUGGAUCAGAUUAUAAGAAACCUAACCUAUGAGGAGCAAAAAUACUUGUAUCGACAACUUGGGGAGAUCUUCCAUGAGAGGCAAUUGAUGCAAAGCUGAUAAUUAAUUUGCUUAUGAAGCAUGAUAUGUUGUGCAUAGCCAUUCUGUAGGUCUAGAUUCGUGUAUAGCAGCAUGGCUACAAUGUACCGUGAUGUGGCGGAGUCCUUUUCCAAACCAUUGUACAAAACAGUAGAAUGGAUAGAUAUGAAGGGGGUUUAGGUACUUUAUUCGCCCUCCACUUGUGCUGCCUUCUGCAGUAAUCGAUAUCCUCCGUGCUAAUUCUCUCCCCUUUUUUUAUUAUUGUUUCUGCACAAUAUUGGGGGGGGGGGGGUGGUGGAAAGUUAUAUUCUUGUGUAUCAUUUCGUGGUUUUGGGCUUGCAGCAAAAUAUUCGGGGAUGAAUAGAAUAAGAGGAAAUACGAGAAUUUGUUGUCCCUUUCUUUCUGUCAUCAUGAUUUUUUUUCUCUUCAUGAUUGUGAUAAGCAUCCUGUUCUUAGAGCCUAGUUUAUGCGUUCUGGUGUGGUUCAUGUGUUGUAUCCAGCACAACCAUUUGCACUACAAUUGGCUCUAUUCAUUAGAAAGAAAGUUGUUCUCCUUUA